GUGAUUUCUGUGCAACCCUUGCAAAUACUAUUGAUUCAUAGCUGAUCGGUUAAGAAAAACAUUGUUUGUAAACAAAAUUUUCGCUCAAAUUGGUAAAUAUGCCGAAAAAAAGUUUUAGAGAAAAAUUAACUGACGCUUUAAUUGAUGAAGCUGCUGAAGAAAUUAUGGCCAUUGAAGUGAUGAUGACGCAGUGGAGGCAGUGUUAGAUGAAUUGGCUGACAAUAUAUCUGUUGUUAUGGAAUGUCGGCGAGGAGUUUUUAGCAGAAUACCUAAGUCAGAUAUUUGGCGCAAUAAUACUUAGACAACACUGGACGAAGACCGAUUCCGCCAAAUGUUAAGAGUAGAUUGAGACCAAUAUAAUAUGCUGGUUGAUUAAAUAAAAAGCGAUGAGGAAUUCUACAAAGCGCACUCAUGAACAAUUACUUCACUUACACUGCCUGAGGGUAGAUUUUCAAUAUUGGCAAUGUCAAUUGGAGACGCAAUUUCUUCGCCGACAUCAGAAAAAGUGAUUUCCAGUAUUUGGCGGGCCGCGCUUUUGUUCAUUAUGGACGUACUGCCACUAUCAAUCACUUCAGAAGUUUUUCACCUAUUUGAAAUGUUUAACGAAAGGCAAAUAUUGCAAUGGCUGGACGAAGUGUCUGAUAUAGAGCAAGAUGUAGCUGGUUCGGAUUCGGAAGACGAAACGGUAAAUGAUGCUGUUAUUGAAAGUGCUCAUGAUUCAGAAAGCGAAAUUGAAGAAUCCGAAGAUAUUCAAAACAUCUCCGAACCAUCGGAAGCUAAUAUUCUGCGGCCUCAGUUACUCCACCAACAGUACGCCGAAUUACAUGCAUCAGAUUAUAUACAGUUACUCACAAAAAUGAGUAUACACAGGAGUUAAAGAAAUACACAUACUAUGGAAAAUUUAGUGGAUAGAUAUGAAUUUUUUUGAUGCACAUUUGGAAAUAGAAAUCUUAGUAACUAUAAUUCUACAUGAAAUAACUUUUUUCUUUAACAUUAACCAAAUACUUAAACAAAAAACUAAAUUUAUUGAUAACAUUGGGUCACAAAAUUGAGUAUACAUUUGCAUUUUAUAUGUGGCAUCUCUAGUUAUCUUUUUACAGUUAUGUGAUCACGCUCGUAUUUAAAUACGUUUCAAAGUUUUUGUGUUGUAUUACCGUUAGAUACGCAAUUUAUUGUAUUUUGUGUAUUCUUUUCGCCAUGGCUGGUACUAGGAAGGAGACAACCAUUGAAAUAAAGGAAUUAGUGAUAAAAUUGUGCUGUGAAGGUAAAUCGUACAGACAAAUUGGUCAAAUUAUUGGUAGACCCCAUUGCACAGUCCAAAAAAUUAUAAAUAAAUGGAGAUAUGAAGGAACAUUGCGAAAUUCCGGUGGGAAAGGCAGAAAAAAAAUUUUGACUGAUGUUGAUGAGCGUAAUAUUGUACGUAAAUUGGAAUUAAACCCAAAGAUAAGUGUUCCCAAAUUAGCGGUUGAAGUGUCAAAAACAAUAAAUAAAGAAAUAUCAACUGAAACAGUUCGUCGUGUUCUUCGAAAAAAUAAUUUAUGUACAUGGUCAGAUAGCACGUAAAAAGCCAUUUAUCUCUAUCGUAAAUAAGAAAAAAAGGCUUGAAUUUGCUAAAGCUCAUGUUGAUAAGCCUUUAAGUUUCUGGGAAAGUGUAAUGUUCACUGACGAAACAAAAAUUAACAUUUGGGGAUCUGAUGGACGACAAAUUGUAUGGAGAAAGCCAAACACGGAGCUAAGAAGUAAAAAUUUAGUUGGGACAGUGAAACAUGGCGGUGGUUCAGUUAUGCUGUGGGGGUCCAUGGGAGCUAAUGGAGUGGGCACCAUGCAAUUUAUUGAAUGCAACGUGACCAAGGAGAUUUAUUUGAAUAUCCUGAAGUCAAAUUUACGUACAAGCAUGGAGAAAAUAAAGCUUCCGCCAGUGUUUUGGUUCCAACAAGACAACGAUCCAAAACACACAGCGAUGAUAGUUAAAGAAUGGUUGCUUUAUAACGCUCCAAAAUAGCUUAAGACUCCUCCACAAUCACCUGAUAUGAACCCUAUAGAGCACUUAUGGGGAGAACUGAAAUCUGAGCUGAAAAAAUCCAGUCCCCGUACCAAAGAAGACCUAAAAAGGAGAUUACCAGGAUAUGGGGCGAAAUAUCACCUAAUUUUACCAAAAAACUAGUAGAAUCGAUGCCUAGGCGGAUGCAAGCUGUAAUAGAUACAGCAGGUGGACCCACAGCCUGUUAAAUUAAAGAAAAACAAAAGUUAGGCGGAUAAAAUAGUUAUUUUCCAUGGAGCGUAUACGCGCAAUUUUGUGACCUGAAUUUGUCAAUAAUUACAGUUUUUUGCAAAAGUUUUUGCUUAAUGUUAAAUAAAUGAAUUAAUUUAUGUUCAAAUAUAGUCGAUAAGAGUUCAACUCCGGUGUAGACUCAUUUUUGUGAGUAACUGUAUGUAUAUAAAACUAGGCAAAAUAUUCGCCUAGGGGGCUCAGGAUGUUUAAAUGAGUUAAGCUUCCACCCCCUCUACUCGGUAAAACUGGCACAUCAUAAUGCUACAUCGCACUUCACCACAGCUGAUGACACUACAUCACAACUCAACACAUCUGUACGCCAACCCACUCAACAAAAAGAAUGGCAACGGGAAAGUAGGCUCAAUUCGUCUCAUAGAGCUCAGUUACCGAUCUCGCGCUGCAAUUAACUCUGGCUUAUACAAAUAAAAUCGGAACAAUCCUGCAUGCGGCGUUCAACCAUUAAUUCGACCGGGAUUCUGCACAUCGUCUAAUUUUCAUCUGAAUACGAUUCAUUUAUUCGAUCGUAUCUUGGCAUGUAGCGAAUGUCUUUACAUACCUACCAUACAUAUUUAUUGUUAAAUACGGAUUGUCAAAAUUAAUCUUUUCAAUUAAA